CCUAUGAUAAAGUUUCGACCAAAAGGUGUCAGCAUUCUUGAAGACAAUGAUCCACAGCUUAAGGAUUCAUUGUUAUUUGUAUACCAAGAUAAGUGGCAAAAGAGACUGCUUUUGCGAUAUGGAACUGAGUUACUUUUUCUUGAUGCAACAUAUCGCACAACUAGGUAUGCUCUUCCUCUAUUUUUUCUAGUUGUUAAAACAAACACGGAUUACCAAGAUGUGGCAAUUUUUGUGUGUGAAAGCGAAACAACUGAAGCUAUCACUGAGGCAUUGACGUGCAUUAAACAGUGGAAUCCUUCAUUUCAGCCUAAAUUUGUUUUAACUGAUUAUUCAAACGAAGAAAUAAACUCAAUAGAAUAUGUGUUUUCAGGAUGUAGUGUCCUAAUUUGUGAUUUUCACCGAGAGCAAGCUUGGGAAAGAUGGCUGUUGCACUGUAAAAGAUGCAGUUAAGUUACAACUUCGCCAAAUUGCCAAUGCAAAAGCAGAAGAGAUUUGCAAAGAUGCUGUGGAUGCUUUCAAAGAGACAGAAGAGUGGAAAAAUCACCCAAAACUAAGAGAAUAUUUAAAUAAUACUUGGUUAUGCAACCAAAGGUUAGUUUAAAUGUUAUUAAAAUGUAAUUUAAAAAAUUAUUCUAUUGAGCCUUUGUAAUCUAAUUCUUUGUAAUCUUCAUAGUUUUUGUAGAUUUCCUAUAGUAGGGUUAAUAUUAAGUCCUGAAGAAUCCUAUAAAGUGUUGGAGUUUAGGUAGUCCUGCAC